GCGGCCAGCGAUAUCCGGGUCAUUGACUACUCUCACAAACAACUCGACGAGCGGGAUGUAGCAGCCACAGAUCUAGAGCAGUUUCUACAGACAAAUCCAAAGCCAGACUGGGCAGCUGUUCGAUGGAUCUACGUUAAUGGCCUCAACUUUGAUGUGGUUCGAUGCCUGGGCAAUCACAAAAGCUUACACCCACUUGCAAUUGAGGACGUUCUCGACAUUCACACACCAACCAAGGUCGAUUGGUAUGAGGAUCACUGCUUUCUAGAACUGAAUCUCGCCAAGCUCAAUGAAGGUGACCCACCAGGGAACGAAGAUAGCCAGCAGGAGAAGCAGUGCCACCAUCGCGGUAGAUGGCGAACUCUGGUACCCGGCAAAUUUGGAAUGUCCGUUGAGCAGGUAUCAGCUUUUCUGACGACGGAUAACACUCUCAUCACUAUCUUCGAGCGCUCUGGCAACGAUAUUCUCCAACCGAUCAUGACUCGUCUACGAUCCUCGCAAACAGUAGUCCGAUCGAGCAACGAUGCGUCAAUGCUAUUGCAAGCCUGUAUCGAUGCUAUUGUGGAUCUAUCUCUUCCCAUCGGAAAGGCAGUCGGCGAAGCGUUCGAUGAUCUAGAGCAAGACGUGCUUUCGAGACCCACUAUUGGACAAUCUAAGCAAUUACAUAUCCUUCGCUCCGGUCUUACGUCCUUCAUGGAGAAUGCCAACGCCAUCAACAUCCUCGUCCGGACCUUAUGCGAUCAUGGAGCAGUACCUGGCUCCGGACGCUCAAGCAAUCCCUCCACUAUCGAAAGCCUGAAGAAUCAAGCGCAGACCAGCAUCGAGAUCUCUGCCACGACUCAAAUUUAUCUGCGUGAUGUACAAGACCACCUGACUGCCGUCGCCAACAAUACUCGCAUGUCUAUCCGAUCAGCCGAGAAUCUCUCAUCCCUGAUAUUCAACACAAUUGCCGCGAGUCAGAACGAAAGCGUCAGGCAACUGACAUUGAUCUCGAGCUUUUUUCUACCACUAACAUUUUUAACCGGUUACUUCGGAAUGAACUUCGACAAAAUGCCCAUUGUUAAUGAGAACAGUGACGUGAUGUUC